AUGGGUUCGUGUCUUUCGAACGAUAAGAAACCUGAUGACAAAGAGGAGUUAUCAUACUAAGAAAAUAAAUAGACGAAAACAGGAACCGCAUUUCAAAGGAGCAUUGAACAGAAGAGUGUUGAAGAAAAAGUAGAACUUGUUUAAUCAUCUGAGUUGACAGAGUUCCUAAAAUUAUAGGGUACCGAAUAGAAGGAUUAAAUUUAGUAGACAAUAGAAUAAAUAGCAUCUUCUGAUAAUGACUAGCUUUUAAAAUACAUCAGAUCAGUAAUGGCUAAACUAACUACUUUAAAAGAGAAAAGUCUUCCUGUUUCAAAUCCAAAUCACUCACAAUUUGCCUCAAUCAUUCAUGAAUACUCUCUUGUUUUAGAAAACCCUUUAUUAAAUUAUUAGAAAGGCAAAAAUCAACAAACUUCAGUCCUGAAGUAGAGCUUUAUCGUUUCCCUAAAAACCCUCCACAUACUUCUUUCCCUUCAAGAUGGUGAUUUGAAUGAUAAAGAGAAAUGGUGGGGUACAGGAGCAGAUUAUAGUCAGCUUUUCUAAGAAAUGAAGCAAUGUGUUAGCAGUUAUGAUGCUAAUGUUAAAAAAAUAGCAAAUGACUAUCUUUCAGAGCUAUAUGGUAACUUAAAUAUAGGUUCUGAAAAGGGAGAUUUGCCUUCUUAAGUAUUGAGAGAGUAUUUCCCUAAACUAUAUAAGUAAACAAUUGACUCUGUGGUAUCUAGACAUUGA